AUGGUCCAGCCUGAAGAGAAUUGGCAAAAAUUUAAAAUUUUAAGAAUAUUUUAUUCUACAGAUUAUUAUGAAUAUGGAAUGAAGAAGGUAAAGGAAACUGAGUUAAAAAGUGAAGUUAACACAACUGACACUGAAAUGGAAAAAAGAAAUAAGAAAUACAAGUACCAAUAUGUAUCAAAAGAUUCUGAUAAUGAUGUUCAACAGAAAAUCAAGAAGAAAACCAUUUCGUCAAGGAACCCAAUAAGUUCCGAUGAGAAAGACGAAGAGAGUAGGAUUAACUAUGUAGAUUUUCCUAACUUUUCUUUAUUAUUAAGAAAUUCAAAUAACCUUUUGUAUUAA